AUCAUUUUUGAGACAUCAAGUGACAGGAGCGAGGGACAUAUAUAGCAGAUGGAUAUUUGGAAAUGCUAGUGGAAACUAUUGAAUAAAGUGGUCUGGGUAAAAUGGGUCAGCAAUCAAGCAAGACAAAUGUUAAUUCCCACAGAAGUCUUUCUAAUGAUGAAGAAAAAGCACUUCUGUCUUAUUUUAAGACUAUUUGUAAAGGAAAGAAACAUGCAAAUAGAGAAGACUUUAAGUCAGCAUGGAGUGAAGGCGUUGACGCACAUCUCUCGCAAACACUUCUGAAUUAUUUGUUUGAAGACAAUUCAGAUGUAAAUUUUGAAAAGUUUUUAGAGCCUCUUCUGUAUGUAACAAGAGGGAGUGAAGAUGAGAAAAUAACUGCUGUUUAUAAAAUGCUUUCUGCAGGUAGCAAAGAAAUUAAACUGUCAGCAAUACAUGAGUACGUGGAACACAUUUUUACAUCAUAUAUGGAAACAUACAGAAGCGAGAAAACAAGAAACUUUGAAUCUUGGAAAGUGGGCCAGGACAUAAUUAUACAGUCAGACCAGCUCCAGGCACUAGUGAAACAUCUGUGCAAAGAUUUGCCUGUGUGCAGUGAGGUCUCUCUUUCUGAUUUGACUACUUGGGUGACAUCAUGGAAUUUGUUGUUUACUGUUCUGCAGAAAGUAGUUUUUAAUAAGAUAUACAAUAUUCUAGACGAAGAUACAAUGGAAAGGUACAACGCAAUUCCAUUUUGGAACAGGACCUUAAGUGAUAAGUCCCCAUCAGUACUGUCGUGGCCAAGCAUUGUCUUCUUGAAUACUGGACUUCCUUCCAAGCUUCAGAGUGAGUGGAGGCUACUGUUCUCGACUGUUGCGCAUGGUGAAAGUUUCUCAAAACUUAUUGGCUGCAUAAUGAACAAGGGACCUACAAUUGUCAUUGUCAGAGAUAGAGAUGGGCAUGUUUUCGGAGGUUUUGCACCCAGCAGUUGGACCCUAAGCCCAAAUUAUGUUGGUGACGAUAGCAGUUUCUUGUUCAGAAUAUUGCCAGUGAUGGAGAGGUUUGAACCUACGGGCUACAAUGAUCAUUAUCAGUACCUUAAUGUCCAGCAACAGACUUUGCCAAAUGGUCUAUGCGCAGAAGACUCCCAGAUUCUCUACAACUAAUUUAGAAGGAACAGAGGUAAGUGAGCUGGGUUGUCAAUAAUAUUUAGUUACAGUAGGAGUUAGUUAAAAAUAUGUGUCUUUAUUUCAAUACAUAUAGUUUUUUACUUGUUUCUCAUUUUGUUGGCAAGGAACUUGUUCUCCAUUUACAAGGUACUUAUGAACUUGUUUUGCACAUGUUUAGCAUCAAGUGGAAUAUUUCCAGCAGUUGACCUUUGUAGUGGUAGUGUAUUGGAAGGCUCUGAUGUUAUUCCAUCAAGGAAUAUGCCGUUUUGUGUGUCCUCACAAUUGAGAGAAUUACUUGGAGCAUAGGUUUCACCAAUGGUGGACAUUAAAUAACUUUGAAAGUACUGUUGCUUUAACGACCUUAUCAAUAAGGUUGACUUCCAAAUUUAUAACGGUUUGAAAAAUCUUAAAACAUGCUGUCAAGAUUCCAAAAAAGUUCUUAAUGUGCUGAGCUCUGCAUAAUCAGUAGUUGCAGAGCCUUCCCUCCUCCCUGCAAGCAGUUAGUCACUCUAUUGGAACAAUUUCAGCAUAUCUGCCCUCAAAGAAAAUGCAACCCCCCUUCCCCCCCAAACGUACGCACGCACGCGCACACACACACACACACACACACACACACACACACACACACACACAAAUAUAUGUGAAGUGUUCGAUACGUCACUGGAUAUUCUGCCAUUUGUGCUGAAAUCAGAUAGAAUAAAUACAUAAUUGGCAUCAGCUGUAGCAUCUCUUUUCAAAAUCAUUUACUAUACUGGACCAGUCAUGCUCUGUUUUAGGAACCUGAAAAAUGAAUAAUCCUACUGUUAAAAAUGUUACCUAAAAUUACAUUCGAACAUUAUAACGAAUGUAAUGAAAAGUAUGGAACAUAGUUACUUUUAUUACAUGUAUGUGGAUACAUGAGCACAUAGCACAUUGUUCUGAGUACUGUAUCAUCCAAAACUAUUGCUUUUUUUCAUAUGAGGAAAAUUUGUGUGGUUAGAUUUUUACACAGCGAGAUCCGUGUGCUCCAUCCACAUCAGAUAGUUAUCUAUAAUAGUUACUAAAUAUAUAUUGCUGCGCACUUUCUUAAUUGUCUGUAUUUAUUGUAAUAUUUAUAUUAUAAUUUUAACUCUUAAUUUAAAACUCUGCAUCAUUGUUUUAGACUGAUUUAUGAAAAGUGUUUUUGUCUUACAUGUUUGUUUACAUUUUGAAAAUUGAAGAAUGCUGCAUCUCAUUUGUAGAAUGAAGUUACUGAAGUAUCAGUAGGUGUUGCACAGUCUGUGGAAGAGUUGAAGCUGGGCCUUCAAAUUAAUUUGCUAUCACAGACAUGACAUUGCCUGUGUACCAAGUACCAGUACAAAAGACUCUACUGAAGUAAUGCUGGUGAGGUCGAAAGAGAGACAACCCAUUGAGAAAGAAGUGGUUCGGCCACAGGCUCAAGAGUAUGUUUGAGUAGUGAAUCUCAAAGACAAACAUGAAGUUUGUGGCAAAUGUGGCUGCCAAAAUGAAACAUUUCUGGCUGUAAACAGACUUUUUGCAGAAAAAAUAAUAAAUGAUGCUUCAUGCAUGGCAGAAAACCAACACACACCGUAUGUGAUGUUAGUGCAGCAUUUGGUUUGCUGCAGAGUGCCUACUGCCAAACUGUUGAACAUCUGGGUUUUAACAACUCGCUUGCGUUUUUCGUGACAAAUUAUAGUUAUAUUUAAUCUGCACGUUAAUCACCAUUUUGUCUGUUAUUUACUUACAAAUAAGAGUUGAUCUGAAAAAAGUGUUCACUUAUGUUUAAGAAAUUACUUUAGAACUCCUCAUAGAUAACAUGGCAGGUCUUAGUCACUAUGACACACAGUGCUUAUGAUGAAAUUAUGGGUGUGUGUUUGAGGUCCUCCUGACUCCUUCCGAUCAUGAGAAAUCACAAUGUUGCUGUUAGCCUUUCAUGUGGUGUUACAGCCUGGUUUUUAAUCAAAGGUGUAAUGAGUGACAGAAGAUUGAAAUACGUUUCUUCAUUCAUCCCGAGAUAUUAUGUCAGUCACAAGAAUAUAUCUUCAGUUAACUGAGUAAGCACAACUUUUUAGUCCACUCAUAUUUCCUCUUUUGUUUUGUUUUCUUAAACAAGCAAAAAAGUCUCAAAGUCAGUGCAUUGAGAUUUCUAGAAAACAAACUGAUGCUCAUACAAGCUCACUUGAGACAUGUAGAGGUGCAAGGGAUUUGUGUAAGCUUGUGUGAGCACAUAUUUCCAUGCAUGCUUGUCAAGCAUGCAGUUACAUGUGUGGCUGCCUUAAGUUAAUAACCAGAGAAUCUCAUUCAUUGUUGCAUUCCAAUGAAAGUAUGUAAUUCCAGAGGAUAAUUUAGAAUCUUUUUAUUGUUAAAUUAUUAACCUCAAUGACCAUGUAUGUUAUUUACUUAUUACACCUCACAUUACUGAACAAAACUAAAAAUUAUCAAAAAACAUGAAAAAAGAAUAUACAGGGUGGAGCACAGUAAAUUGCUUUUUUAGAAUUCACAUUGUGGCAGCACUGUUGGUUAAAUAAAAGAGAGAGUGGGCAUGGUUUUUAGUGACCGACGGGAGGUUUGUAUUCAGUUGUGAUAAUGCAGUGGACACAUGAGGAGCGUUCAUUUUGUGUUGAAGUGUAUUUCUCGAAUUCCCGCUUGAUUAUUGCAGUGCUGUGUGCUUUUGGUAGCAAUUUGCAAUACUCCCACACAGACACGUUCCUGGACAGCAAUCAAUUUUCAUUUGGAUAAAUUCAUUCAGAAUUUUCCAGGAAAAAGUAAGGCCAAAUGAUGCCUACUUGUGAUAUGGCACACCACACAGUGACACAGUCUGAGUGCAGGGGUCUCUGGUGAAUUUGCUUGGGGUUCAUGUUGCUUCAGUUCUGCAUAUUAUGUUUGUUUACACAUCCCCUGAGGUGAAACUGUGCCUCAUCAGGAAACAACACAUUUGUGUCACAGAGUAUGGUUGCAAGCAUGUCUUCACAAGAUGUUCUUCGUGUUACAUAAUGCCGUACUGACAAUUGCUGGACCCCACUCAUUUUAUACAGGUGAAAAUUCAGUUCAUCAUGAAGAAUCCGGUGGAGGGAACAUCUUGAAAUGCCAAGACAAAGUGCCCAGAUUCUGUAACUGUAAAUUCGGAUCAUUACUUCACUAUGCUUCAAGAGAUUUUCCUGCCAGCUUUUGGGGCAAUGCAAUUACAGGAUACGUGGUUUUGAAAAGAUGGUGCCUCUGCACACACAAUGGGCAUUACCAUGAAUUUUUUUA